CUUUUGUUGCCUAUUCCUAUAAGAGACCAGUUUAGCAUAAAAAUGUUUCAAGGGGCAUAUGGUUAUUAUUUUCAUCAGUAGUUUGUGAAACUUGCAUGUUGGAAUGCAUACUUUUAAGGUGUGUAUAAUAAGGAUUAAGGAAUCAAAAAAUGAGAGCAUCAACGUUGUGGUGCAACCGUGCAAGACGCAAAACCAUAAACCCUUUGCAUCGCGCUGUUACCGUUCUCACGAUCCUCUUCAUAAAUGGCUUCAGCGUGCAGCAGAAUCGCGCAAAGAGCAGCUUCAUUUUCUUCCAUAAAAUCAACCAUCAAAUCCACUCUUCGCUCUUCAUCCUUCUCCAACACCGCCACCACUACUUCUCCUCUUCGCCGAUCCAUUUUAACCAGGGUUGCUCCGGAACUGAGAUGCGCGCAGUCGAUGCUGCCACUGCAUAGUGCGGUUGCGACGGCGAGGAUGACGUCAUGCCUGAGAACAUCUCGGAGCUGCCGAGCGCUAUCACAGGGUACUCUCUGCUGCACCUCUCCCAGCCUCUAAUACUUACUUUUUCCUCCAUAAAAAUUCUUCAACUAGCUCGGUCUAUCAGUUCCAAGGUGACAAGCUAGAAGUGAGACCGAAGAAAGCGUUUUACAUUUGUGAGGUUAGAUUUUGUAAUUCUGCUACCCAAAAGCGGCUAUACUCAAUGUAAUUUUUUCAGGCUGCGAGAAUGAUUUUGUUGCUGAAUAAUGGUUACUUGCCCUAUGAAUUUGAUUAAUCAAUAUGCUUAAUUAAAACAAUCUGUGUUUUAUCAAGAAAUGAAGAUCAUGUAUAAGA